GAUCCUUGAAGAAUCAGCUGACAGAAUGAUUCAGUCAGAAACUGCGCAUCUAUUCACCACUAACUACACAAAGAAACACAGAUAUCAAAUAUGAAGUGGCAAUACAAGGAAGAACACCCCUUUGAGAAGAGGAGAGCGGAGGGCGAGAAGAUUAGAAGGAAAUAUCCAGACAGGGUUCCCGUCAUAGUUGAGAAGAGUCCCAAGGCCAGGAUUGGGGACCUGGACAAGAAGAAGUACCUCGUCCCUUCAGGUUUCAAUUAUUUCCUUCAAGGGAUUGUUAACAUAUAUGAUGAUGAACAAAACACUCCAAUUGAGCAUCAUGAAGAAGAUUUUUUCCUGUACAUAGCCUACUCUGAUGAGAGUGUGUACGGUCAAUAAGCAAGUAUUCUACUGUGUCCCAUGUACACAGGCAUAAACAACUGUACAGUGAACGGUACGGUACAGCUGUGUUAGAUCCCAAAAUGUCUAAAACACUUUGAGGGAUUUUGCAUCCGCUUAAUUGGCAAACCCGGAAUAUUACAGUGUAGUUUACUUGCACCGUGUACUGCAAGUGUUCAGUGUACACACGACAGUACGUAUGCUGGUGUACUGUCUUCAAAUUACAAAAAUUACAGUAUAAACGUUUCCCCCUUGUCUUAGUUUAUUGUAUUUACAAAACUCGAAAUCUUAAUAAAAAAAUACAAAAAUGAGAAAAAUGUGAUAAAAAAAUAUUCCUGUCUUUCUUUUUUUCCGUAGCAUAUUAGAGGCAGGAACUGUUGUGGUUUGAGAAAGAUAUAUAAUUAGUCUGUUAAAUUUUAAAUUCUGACAGUCGCUUCACCAUCUUCUGUGGUACAGUGGUACAGUUGUACAGUUGUACUGAUGUACAAUUGUACAUGAGAAAUGGUGACUGAUGCCUUCAUGAAUCAUUAAGUUGUUUUGUGCUUCGAAAAUAUACAUUGUCAAUUCUUUUGAUUAUUUUCUUCUGAAAUAUACCAAUAAAGCACCAAGAAAUGAU